UUCCUGUAGUUUUUGGGGAGAAUCAGGGUUAUUUAGUAAGCUUCACGUUCUAUAAUAUCUGCCCCCAAGGACUUGAAAGACAGUUGGCUAACAGCAGAGGCAGACAACGCCUUCUCCUUCAAAUCUCGCUCUCUCUCUCUCUCUCUCUCUAGAGGAAAAAGAAUCCCAUAAGCUCUUCUCAAUUUCUGAUUUUGGGGUUGAAGAGGUGAGAAAAGAAAGGAAAGAUGAGUUACUGGAAGGAAAAGGUCCUCCCCACAAUGAAGAAGUUCUUUGACAAGCCCAACAGCAAGAAAAAGGGUGCUGCUGAGGCAAACAAGGCCUUUGAAGACUUAAAGGAGGAAAUCAACAAGGAGUUUGAAGAGAAGAAGGGUGAGCUGACUCCCAAGAUCGUCGAAAUAUAUGAAGCUUCAGCAAUUGAGAUUAAGACAGUUGUGAAGGAGCGGAAAUCUUCAGGGCUAAAGAAGCACUCUGCGUUAGUUCAAAAGUUCCUUGAUGAGUUAGCCAAGAUUGAAUUCCCUGGAGCAAAGCACGCAGCAGAGGCUUCAACAAAGUAUGGACCGGUUCUUGUCUCUACCACUGUCUUCUACGUCUUCGAGAAGGUGUCUAUCAUCAUACCCGUUGAAGAAAAACCAAAGGAAACGGCCAAAGAUGUGGAAGUAGAGACCCCACCUCCGCCCGCACCUGCAGAAUCAGAAUCAGCAACUGCAGUCACAGUUGAGGCAGAAAAACUCGUAGUUACAGAAUCAGAAGGCGCCACUGUGGUGGUUGAGGAGGAGAAGAAAGAAGAGAUAGCGGUGGAGAAGAAGGAGGAAACGCCGGCCGAAUCAGCUCCGGUGGUGGAGAAGCAGCCGGAGGAGGCGGCCAAGGCAUGAGGGAAGAAGCAAGAUUUGCUGAAACGGUACCCCUCUCUUUGUUUCUGUCGUUAUGGCGUGGAAAGGAUGGCUUCAACUUUAUGGCCUUCUGUAAGAUAACUGCAAAUACUUCUGUUCUGUCUGUGAUUAUGUUAUUACUUUGUAGUUUCUGGCUUUGUUCUUCAUAUCGUACCCAUCUCAUAUAGACUUAUUUAUCAUUCUUUCAAGGUUUUGUUUUUCUGGGUGCUCUUUAGUACUCUGUCCUCUCCCUUCUUCUUCUUCUUCUUCUUCUUCUUCAACUAUGGAGGUUGUAUCUACAUGUGUAUUUGAUUUUGUGCCUUGGAAACUUAGUUUGUAAAUUUAGCUUGUGAUGAUCAAAUUGAUUGAUUGUUACAGUUUGGCAGAAUC